GGUGACAAUACAUUUCCAAAUCUAAUGGCUCUACUUACGUCGUACAAUCCAUCCACUGCUUAUGAUAAAUGUAAACCAAAAUCUGUAGGUGGUCUGAAUAAACCAGUUUGCAAUCUAAUUUGGAAUAAUUUUAAAGAGUACGGCUACAAAACAGCUUAUGCAGAAGACGAACGCUCGUUGAGUACGUUUAAUUAUCUAAAGAAAGGUUUUGUGCAACCGCCAACGGAUUAUUAUUUACGGCCCAUGUUCAUGGCCAUUUCAAAAAAUAUGGUCGUAAAAAAGCGAUCAGGCCUGUCAUAUUGUAUCGGUCGCAAGCAUUCUGGCGAAUACGUUUUUGAUUACGCAUUGCAAUUUGCGAAUGCUCUACCUGCAGAUCCGCUCUUCGGACUAUUCUGGACAAAUUCAUUCAGUCACAACUCUUUCGAUACGACAGCCACAAUGGAUGUGAAGAUUUUAGAAUAUCUUAAGGAAAUGAAGAGCGCUGGCAUACUGGAGCGUUCAAUUGUGUUCUUUUUUGGUGAUCAUGGAAGCCGUUGGGGUCCAUUGCUUGGAUUAAAAUCCGGAUUCUUAGAAGAACGUUUGCCGAUGAUGUUUCUAUCACUGCCAACGUGGUACCGAAACGAACAUCCCGAGUUCGUAGAAGCUUUGCAAAUAAAUCAAAAUCGUUUAACUACGCCCUAUGAUAUCUAUGCGACAAUGAAGCAUAUACUUGAAGAGACAAAUCGGGAAAAAGACUUUCCAUACCUCAAUGGCACAGUGAGGGGGCUAAGUAUUUUUCGAGAAAUACCCGAGAAUCGUACUUGUGAAGAGGCCGGUAUCACUGAGCACUGGUGCACUUGUGUGGCAUAUGAAACUGUACGUACCAGCGAUGCUACGGCAAAAAUUGUAACAAAAUUGGUUAUACAGGAAAUUAACCAAUACCUUGAGGAUAAAAACAUUAGUAGCAAAUGCAGUCCACUAACUUUGAAGAGCUUGAAGAAGGUUGACAAGAAAUUAUUUGAUUUACCAAAUCGGUCUACAUAUAGAUUAGAUUUCACAGCAAAACCGAAAGAUCCACAAUUUCAAGC